AUGCUCGGAAAACUCAAACUCGCUUUCGAAGAUGGUCUCACAGGCAAGUCCAACUCCAAGGCCCUAGUCAACAUAUUUUCCGUACCCAAACCGAGCAGUGCUCCCACGGCUGCCCCCGAAACAGGGUCUUGUACAUCUACACAUGAAACCGACAUAAACAGCGCUGGAUCAAGAAAGAAGCCUAAGAAAUCCAAACGAAACGGAACAAUAGUGAAGGAGCCAGCAUUGUCGCAACCCUCGCCCUUAUCCUCUGCUGUGGAGCACCCCGGAAGGAGCAAACGCCAAUUAAAGGAAGAGCAGAAGAAGGAAAAAUGGCUUGCCAGAUGCCUUGCCCGCGAAGCCGAAGCCCGUGCUAUAGCAGAAAAGGAGGGUCGCCUUGCGGAGCAUGAGGCAGAGGUGCACAAGAAGGAGGAAGAGAAGGCCCGGCAGAUUGCGAAAGUCCGCACUGCUGAUACAGCGCCUAUCACGAAUUCUAAGAAGGAUAGGAAGAACAUUGAUCUACAGCUGGAAAAUGUAAAGGCUGAAGCAGAAGACCCGGAAGUCACCUUCCUCCAGAAUAAAAAAAAAAGGCAACUUGAACGGGAGGCGGCUGGGAGUGGCCAUACUCAUGAGGCCAAGAAAAGAAGGCGGCCAAACAGCGAUGGUCCAACACCAUUCCCACUCCUCAGCGGUGUAGCAGCCACUGCGAGUUCAUUCUUGCCGCCUAAAUUGUCUUCGCCAGCGCUGGCAAAUAUACCCCAUAAAGGACAACUGAAGGGCCAGGCUGCCAAUCUACGGAAACAGCGGGAGAAUCUACCAAUAUGGGAGCACCGGAAUGAUCUGCGAAGCGCUCUUCGUGAGAAGAAUGUACUGGUCAUGCUGGGAGAGACUGGUAGCGGUAAGAGUACGCAGAUCGGGCAGUUCCUGGUAAAUGAACCAUGGAUGCAGAAGCAAAAGAUUCGAGAUUCCAAAGGGAGAGAGUUAUUGGUUGGUGGUUGUAUAGCGAUUACUCAACCUCGUCGUGUGGCUGCUAUUAAUCUUGCACGGCGUGUUGCGCAGGAGAUGGGGGUUCAUCUGGGAGAGGAAGUCGGAUAUACGGUCAGGUUCGAUAAUAAAUCGAGUAAAGAGAAGACCAAAAUUAAAUUCUUGACAGAUGGUAUGCUGCUACAGGAAAUGCUACAUGAUCCGCUGUUGAAACAAUAUUCGGCAAUCAUUGUCGACGAAGCACACGAAAGGACAGUGGGGACCGACUUGGUCAUGGGCUUCUUAAGAAGUCUUGUCUAUGGUGCGCGGGGAGAGAAUUCUGGUGCAAAUAUGAAACUGGUCAUCAUGAGUGCCACAAUUGAAGUUGGGCGAAUGGCAUGGUUCUUGGAGAAAGACCGAGGCGCAAAUGACAUAUAUGUUAAUGGAAACAGCUCUACCAGCCAGAACGACUCCCGGGCUAUUACGCGCACAGAUAUAAGUGACGAGGAUGAAUUUACUGGUUGCCAUAUCAGCGAUGCAGAAGAGGACAACAGCACUGAGGAAGCCAAGGUUACGGAAAUCCCUAGCACAGUUGCAAAAUUCCAAGUUCCCGGAAGACAGUUUCCCGUAGAGUUAUACCACUCACCCGAGCCAGUGGCAGACUAUGUCGAUGCAGCUCUCCGGACAAUCUUCCAAAUCCACUAUGGGGAGCCAAUGCCAGGUGACAUCUUGGUAUUCUUGACAGGCCAGGAAGAGAUUGAAGCCUUACAAAAGCUCGUUGAGGAUUAUGCAAAAUCCAUGGACAAAAACGUUCCCAAAAUCCACGUUCUCCCUCUCUACGCCGCCCUCCCUCAACUCCAACAACAGAAGGUCUUUCGACCUGCCCCAGAGCGUAACAUGCGAAAAGUAAUCCUGGCCACCAAUAUCGCCGAGACCUCUGUGACCGUCUCAGGUGUCCGGCACGUCAUUGACUGCGGUAAGGUUAAAACGAAACAAUACCGGCCCCGCAUUGGACUAGAGUCACUUCUUGUAACACCCGUCUCAAAAUCCUCUGCUAUGCAGCGCACAGGUCGAGCCGGCCGUGAAGCACCGGGAAAAUGCUUCCGCCUCUUCACCGAGGACCAAUUCCUCACGCUUGAGGAAGCCACCGUCCCCGAAAUCCUGCGCUGCGAUAUUGCCACUGCAAUCUUGACACUAAAAGCUCGUGGACAGGAGGACAUACUAGGGUUCGACUAUAUCGACCCACCAACGCGCGAGUCCCUUAUCAAAGGGCUAGAACAAUUAUUUUCGCUGGGCGCUCUAGACAAUAGUGGGAAUAUCAACGGCCUAGGACGCAAAAUGGCGAUGCUGCCGUUGCCACCAGCCCUGGCGAGGGUGCUUAUUGCUGCUGCGGAAAAGGAGAUGGGGUGCUUGCCGGAGGCGAUUGAUAUCAUUGCAGCGCUAUCGGUGGAGAAUUUGUUUGUGACCCCUCAAAGCGAGGACAAGAGGGAGGAGAUGGAUGAGGCUAGGAAGGAAUUUGAGAGGCGGGAGGGUGAUCAUUUGAUGCUAUUGCAGGUGGUGAGAGGAUGGGAAGCGCAGGAGUUGCAUAAGGAGGCGUGGGCGGAGAAACAUUUUGUGUCCCACAGAGCGCUGUUAAAUUGGGCUAACGUCCGAAAACAGCUACGCCAAUAUUGUCAACGCAUUAUGUCGUCUAUUCAAGAGACUUCCCCUCUCGAAACACUGAUCACCCCUGAGCACGGCACUCGCAUCUUGAAAUGCUUCCUUAAAGGUUUCUUUCACAACACUGCACGUCUCGUGCCCGAUGGCUCUUACCGGACAGUCCUGGGCUCUCAGACUGUCGCAAUACACCCUAGUAGUGUGCUCUUUGGGAAGAAAGUGGAGGCCAUUAUGUAUCACGAGUUUGUAUAUACAACAAGGCCCUUUGCAAGGUCAGUAUCGGCUAUCCAGAUGGAUUGGCUUGUAGAUGCUUCGCCGAACUAUCUUGGUGCGGAUGCGGACGUUUAG